GACUCCGCCAGACGGGCAGGAGGAGGCGCAUGCGCGUUGGGGCCGGUCGGGACCUUUCUGCCGCCGCCGUCCCCGGUGCGCGGCCCCGGGCUCUUUGUGGCGCUCAGCGGUCCCGGUUCCCGCGGGUCACUUCCGGCAGGCGGCCGCCCCGCCGCGGGAGCAGGUAGGCCCGGCGGCACCGGCACCGAUCCCGUGAGGCCGCCCCGGGUGCAGGCCGCGGGCCGUGCCCCCAGCCAUGGCCGUUUUCGACACCCCCCAGGAGGCGUUCGGGGCCCUGCGCCCCGCCUGCGUGCAGCUGACCCGGGCACAGACCCUGCAGAACGUGUCCGGCCUGCAGGCCCUGCUGGCGGCAGUCAGCGCCCCGGCCCUGCAGGCCCUGCAGGAGUACGUCCUGUUCCCCCUGCGCUUCGCCCUGAAGGCGCCGGGGCCCCGGCAGCAGCGGGUGGUGCAGAGCGUGGUGCAGUGCAUCUCCUCCGUCCUGGCAGCCACACGCGUGGAGAAGCAGCAGCUCCUGCAGGAGCUUUUCUCUGAGCUCUGCUCCUGCCUCUCGCCCCCGUCCAGCUCCAGCAAACCCCCCCCGCAGUCAGAGGAGCUGAAGCUGGCUGUGAUCCAGGCACUCCACACCCUGAUGCAUUCGGCUGACGGGGAUGCCCUCUGGUCUCUCUAUCAGCCUUCCACCCUUCCUCUCUUGGGAUUUGCUGUGUCCUUGCUGCUGGGCCUGGCAGAGCGAGAAAGAGCAAGGCAAGUUAAGAUCUCUGCUCUGGAGUGCUUGCAGGUCCUGGUGCUGCAGUGUGAGUGCCAGGAGCACCGACCCCUAGGUGCAGAGGAGGCACAGCAGUGUGGGGAUUUGUUUGCUUCUUUUCUCCCUGGGAUUUCCAUCACGCUGUCUCGGGUUAUCACUGGAGACAUGAAACAAGGUCACAAACCCGCCGUUUGUGCCAUCAGACUCUUCUAUCAGGUUGUUGGCUUGGUAAUGGCUGAUGAGCAGCUUGCCCGAGUACCAAAGAGUAAAGAAAAGACACCAGUGGAACAAAGCAGAAUAUCAGAACUGAUGGUGCACAGGGGGCCUGACUGGACUAAAAGCACUGCUGAAAAACUUGGCCUCCUCCUGCACAAAGUGGUCGAGUUCUCUUCAGUCCACCCCCACUGGAAGGUGAGGCUGGAGCUGGUGGAACUGGUCCAGCACUUGCUGAGGAACUGCAGUGGCUCUCUGGUGGACUCCUUCAGCCACCUCCUGAAGGCCUUGGUUGGGCUGGUGAACGAUGAGAGCAGUGAUGUGCAGAGGAGGAGCACGGAGGUGCUGCAGGGCAUGGCAGAGCAGGGGCUGGUGGCUCAGAACAGGGCUCUGGCUGAUGUGCUCUCCGAGAACCUCCACGGCCUCGCCACAGCUCUGCCUCGCCUGAUGAGCUCUCAGGAUGACUCUGGCAAGGUUUCCACCCUGAGCCUGUUGCUGGGCUACCUGAAGCUGCUGGGCCCCAAGAUCAACGUGUUCCUCAGCUCCGUGUCCCACCUGCAGCGCCUCUCCAGAGCUCUGCUGCAGGUGCUGGAGAUGGAUGUGACAGAGGUGAAGGUCCUGGAGCACAGAGCCUGGGGCUGCAGCAGCUCCUGGGGACUGCGGGGCUCGGCGGGGCCCGGCCUGCAGAGGGGAGGGGGGCAGAAGAAAUAUUUCCGAUUUUUCCGGGAGGAGCAGGUUUUCCAGCUCCUGCAGCAGGUGUGCCGGGUCCUGGGGUACCACGGGCACCUCCUCCUCCUGGUGGAUCACUUCUCGGGGCUGUACCGAGCCUCUGCCGCGCACCGCAAGCAGGCGGCCCUGGUGCUCAACGAGCUGCUGGCAGGGGCUGCGGGGCUGGGCGUGGAUGUCCUGCGGCAGAGGGAAACCCCACCCAGCAGGGAGGAGCUCAGGGGCUCCGUGACCUCCGUUCUCGAGGAGUACACAGAGCAGGACAACUGGCACUUGGUCACCAGCAUCCAGACAGAAGCAGCAGCAGCCCCCGAGCACUCUGUGACACCUCCAGGGCUCUCUGCCUGCCCGGGAGGGACCUGCAGGAGCCUUCUGCUGCCCUCCCCAGAGCCUCACCCCACGGCCCACACCAUCAACAGCAACAUCUGGCAGAUCUGCAUCCAGCUGGAGGGCGUGGGCUGCUGUGCUGCUGUCCUGGGGCAGGAGUUCCGGGGGCUUCUGCUGUCAGCUCUCUACCCAGUGCUGGAGAAGGCUGGGGACAGCACUCUGCUCAUCAGUGAGACAGCACUGGGGACACUGGUGGACAUCUGUGAGGCCUGUGGUUAUGACUCCGUGCAGUGUUUGAUUAAUGAGAACUCUGAUUACCUGGUCAAUGGGAUCUCCCUCAGCCUGCACCAGCUGGCACACCAGCCACGUGCUGCCCAGGUCCUGGACACAAUGCUGAGACACUCAGAUGCCAGCUUGCUGCCACUGGUGGAAGAUGUGAUCCAAGAUGUCCUGUCUGCACUGGAUCAGUCUUAUGAUCACCAGGCUUCCACUUUCCUCAGGGUCCUCCACUCAGUGAUGACAGCUUUAGUGCAGUGGUUUGGCUCAUCCUGUGGUGAGGAGCACCAGCAGAGACAGGCUGCUGAGGGGCAGCAGGUGCUGACAAGGCAAGAAGUGGAGCAGUUCUUCCUUGACUAUGUGAGACAGAAGCAGAUCUCAGAGGGCAACCUCCCUGACCCAGGAGAUGAGGAGACAGAUGAGGUUCCUCCACUUCCUAAGCUGGAGCCAAACAGCUCUGACCCAGAAGGAGAAGCUGCACUGCCCAGCCAUGCCCAGCUGGCCCGGGAGGUGAUGGAGAGGUGCAUCCACCUCCUGGCUGAUGCCAGGCUCCGAGUGCGGCUGCAGGUCCUUGACGUGCUGGAGCUCUGUGUAACUGUGCUGCAUCCUCAUGGAAACCAUCUGCUUCCCAUGGCUCACCGUGUCUGGCCAGCUCUCAUCACCCGUCUGAUUAGUGAUGACCCUCUGGCAGUGCUCAGAGCCUUCAAGGUGCUGUGUACCCUGGCUCAAACAUGUGGGGACUUUCUGAGGCAGAGAUUCUCCAGAGAUGUCUUACCUAAGCUGACCAGUUCCCUCCUCAGCCAAGCCCCAGCAAGUGCCAGAGCUGGGCCUGUGUACCACCACACUCUUGCCUUCAAGCUGCAGCUGGCUGUGCUGCAGGGACUGGGCUCUCUCUGUGAGAAGCUGGACAUGGGCGAGAGUGACCUGAAUAAAGUGGCAGAUGCCUGCCUGGUUUACCUCAGUGCCAAGCAACCCGUGAAGCUGCAAGAAGCUGCCCAGAGUGUUUUCCACCACUUAAUGCACAUGGACCCUGACAGCACUUGGCUCUUGCUGAACGAGGUCUGGUGUCCUCAUGGGUACCAACCCCCCCACGCCAGCCUGCAGCCCCUGGAGCUCCGUGGGAUGGGGAGGCAGCGGAACGAGUUCACAGACAACAUUCUGCUUCUGCUGGAGAGGCUGCAGCAGCAGGAGAACACCACACCACGGGCUGGCACCCAGGAGACAUCUGGGUGGCUGAACCAUAACACGGACCAACACAGCAGCUGGGAGGAAAAAAAGGAACCACUGGGAUAGAGCUCACCUGGAAAAAUCCUAUCAUUGAUCCCCCAGGUGGUUCCAGGGACAAAGGAAGGAUUGUCCACCCUGGGGUAGUGGCCAAGACACCCUCCCCAUGGGUAGGACUUUGAUAUUUAUGGGGUUUUUUAAGCAGUGUUUGAGGAUUUGGUGGGUACAUUGCCCCAUUUCUCCAGGCUGGAGCUUUCCUGCACGUGGUGCUGGAGAGCAGCCCAAGGGGCAGAGCACAUCUAUUCCAAGUUCUCCCAUAGAGAACAGAGUCAUUUUCCAGGGCUGCCAACUUAAACCAGGCUUUUUCUGGCCAUAACCCUUCCCAAGGAGAGCACUCUGGUUGGGGUUAUUGUCAGGAAAAGUUCAGAUGCCUUUCCAAUAGAUUCCUCACCAGUAUAACUGGCAAGAACAACAUCCUCUGAGAAACAUCAGGGCUGUUCCUUACACUUUCCAGUUUGCUGGGACUGGCCCAGUGUGCUCCCCACUCCCUCCACUGAGCUGACAGAGAUUCUUUCAGAAAAAUUCUUUAGGAAACCAGCCAGCCCCCAUUUACAGCCCCCACUGACAGCAUGGAGUGAUUUAAGGCUCCUCAGCACCAGGCUGCCCACCAUUCCCACAGACCACUGCCUGCACCUCUGAUUUUUAGCACCCACCCAGUGACAAGAAUUUGAAGCACCUACCUGUGUUCCUGUGGGUGGGAUGAGUCAGGGGGUGACAUCAGGUGUGAUCACAGUGUCACCACAGCAGUGCCAGGCUUUGCUUGAGCAGGUAGAGCCCAGCACAGCAGAGAGGACCACAAGGCUUUAGGCUCUCCUGCUGGCUCCCAGCUCCAUCCCCAGGGACAACCCACAGGUGCUGUUUUACUUGGCUGCUCCCAGGCCCUGGCAGCUCCUGGAUCCAUCAGCUCCCCCCAGCAUGGUUUCUGGCAGUCAGCUGCCUCCCGACAGACGCUGCUGAAAGCUGGAGAGGCACGGGGACAGACCUUGACUGUAAAUUUGGAACAAGCUGAGAAGUGCAAAAACCAAAGCAAUAAACUGUUUAUUGCAGUCA